AUGAAGUUCAUCCUUACUACCAUGGCCUUUGUCGCCGCCGCUGUCAUGGGCGCUAUUGCUACCUCACAGGAGGUUGCCACUGCCACUGUCACCGUCACAGUGACAAACUGCGACAGCUCUGUUGCCGGCGUCAGCACCUCCAUCAGAACCCUCUCUGUUUCGGACAUCAUCACCUCUGCCACCGAGAGCAUCGCUCCCACCCCUGUUGGGCCCGUCUUUGAGAGCGGCUUUUCCACUUCCUUCCGCUCCGACUCCGAGCCUACGUCUUCCGCUACCAUCAGCGUUGUCAUCGAGAGUGCCACUUCCACUAUCACCAACCCUGUCGCCAUCACCUCCAUCGAAACCGGCAUGCUCACUUCCAUCGUCAUCUCAUCCAACGAGGUCUCGCCCGCCACUGCUUCGACUGCGUUCAGCACUUCCUUGGAGUCGGCUUUUGCCUCCGAGAGCAGCCUCGCUUCUGCUUCCAAGAGCAGCCCUGCUUUCCACAGCAGUGCUACAUCUGCCAUCGCCACUUCUACUUCGGUCUCUUCCAACGACGCCACAACUACUGGCAUGGUUGGCAUGACCUGCAUCAUGGCCAUUGCUGCUGCUGCUGCUGCUGCUGCUCUGGGCAACUUCGCUUGA